UUUUGAUUUUUUUCAUUACAUUCGUGCUCGUUAAUAAUAUUUGCAAACAUGUUGCUUUCCACUUUCUUAUUUCACGUUAAGUGAAAUCAUAUCAAUAAAACAGAAUAAUGAAAGAUAUUUAAAUUGAUAUUAGAAUAUUUAUUCUAUUGGUUCACUUUCGAAUGCCUAAGGAUAAUACAAAGAAAAUCUCAAAAAUGGUGAGCAAGUCAUUCGUCUGGGGAGUUAUCGUUGCUUCUUUGACCUGGUCCAUCAGUUUAUAUCUGUACUGGAAUCUGAACAGUGGUAUAAACUCAGCAUCUUCCGUUUCGGAAGCAUAUGCAGGGACAAAUAAUGGAUCAAACGAUGACAAGCAGAUGCCUGUUGUAAGUCCGGUUGAGCAAAAAGGCAAAGUUAAGGAAACUCAAUGGCAGGCUGGCAACCAGUUGGGACCUUUAGGUCGAAACGGGAAAAUAUCGAGUGACAAAAGCAACAGCUUUUUCAAAGAUAAACUAAAUCGGUUCAAGAAAGAGCAAAAAUUCCGAAAGAUGAGCCAUCAAUUGAUUGAAGAAAUGCAGCCUAUUUUCCCAAAUGGAACCGAUGAGUUUGGAAUGGUGCGCAAUUCUGAAGAACAAUUCAUCAGAGAUGUCGGUUACAGAAGACAUGCAUUUAAUGUUUUAGUGAGCAACAAGAUAGGACCGUUUCGUCCUGUGCCUGACACGAGGCAUAAGUUGUGCCAUGAGCAAAGCUAUGACAAGGUGCUCCCAUCAGCAUCGAUUAUAAUGUGCUUCUACAAUGAACAUCUUGAAACAUUGAUACGAUCGGUGAUUUCGGUGCUUCGGCGAACACCUUCUUAUCUCCUACACGAAAUUAUUCUCGUUGAUGAUUGCAGUGAUUUGGAUGAGCUAACAACGGAGCUCCCGAAGGAGUUAAAAAGUCUUCAAAGUUCUAAGGUAAGACUAAUUAAAAAUCCGGAAAGAGAGGGCCUAAUGCGAUCUCGAGUGUAUGGCUCUCGAAACGCUACUGGAGAUGUGCUGAUUUUUCUCGACAGCCAUAUCGAAGUGAAUGAAAACUGGAUAGAACCAUUGCUACAGCGGAUUAAAAUCAAUGCAACCAUUCUUGCAAUGCCGGUAAUCGACAUUAUCAACUCGGACACCUUUGAGUAUACUUCCAGCCCACUAGUUAGAGGUGGUUUUAAUUGGGGAUUGCAUUUUAAAUGGGACAAUCUACCGAAGGGAAUGCUGGCUAAAGAAAGCGAUUUCGUCGGUCCAUUUCAGUCACCAACUAUGGCCGGAGGGCUAUUCGCAAUAGAUAGGCAAUACUUCAAGAGUUUAGGCGAAUAUGAUAUGGGAAUGGACAUCUGGGGUGGAGAAAACUUGGAGAUAUCAUUCCGAACCUGGCAGUGCGGUGGAUCUAUUGAAUUGCUUCCAUGUUCAAGAAUUGGUCAUGUUUUUCGCAAGAGACGUCCUUACGGAUCACCUGAUGGAACGGAUACAAUGGUUCGUAACUCGCUUCGGUUGGCGCUCGUUUGGAUGGAUGAUUAUAUAAAAUACUUUUAUAAAAAUCAACCGCAAGCGGAGCGCGUUGAUGCUGGUGAUAUCACCAAUCGGCAGGAAUUGAGAAAAAGCUUGCAAUGCAAGCCUUUCGAGUGGUAUCUCAAAAAUAUUUAUCCUCAGUUAAGGCUUCCAGGCGAAAAAACAACAGAUAGUAACGUGUCGCAGCCAAAGUUUCAACCAUGGCAUUCAAGAAAACGAAACUACAUCAGCAGCUUCCAGAUACGGCUUGCCAAUUCCAGUCUUUGUGUAACGACCGAAAGCGCUAAGGAAAAAAGUUUGUGGAAAAAAGGUUCCAAGCUUGUAUUGCAGUCUUGCUUGAGAGUCAAAACUCAAAUGUGGUACGAAACCGAGAAAGCUGAGUUGGUUCUCGGUCAGUUGCUUUGCUUGGAAGCUCCUUCUAGUGCAACAAGAGGUACACCGAUUUUAAAUAAAUGCCACGAAAUGGGUGGCGAUCAGGCUUGGAAACAUCGUAAAACGAAAGGAACUCCGAUCUAUAACAUAGCUUCGGGCAGCUGCCUGGCGGUAAAAGAAACACACAAAGGCGCUCUGGUGUCUUUGAAUUUAUGCGUAAACAGCGCAAGAAGUACGUGGGACUUAGUGGUCUCGUAGAACAUAAUUCCGUUUUCUUCCAAAUGAAACAAUGCUCGAAUAGUUGUAAUAAAACUCGUUUAUUUUUUACCUACUAA